CUCUGUGUGGAGUAAAGCCUACUACGUUAUCUAAAUAUGUAAUUGAAGCAUUACAAUAUGCCUACCUCUGAUUUUAUUUCUGUAUUGCUUCCUUAAACAGCAAUGAGUAAGCGUUCUAAAUUAUGUCGAAAGACUUCUUGUCCAAGAAGCAAUAUAUUCUGCAAUCUUAUUGAUAAAAUUGUCAAAAGACCCUCCUUGCAGUUUCUGGGUCAGUGGGGAUAUCACUGUUUUGAGCCUAGAAUUUACCGAACACUGGCAAAAAUUCUGAGGUAUGUUGACUUGGAUGGGUUUGACACGCUACUCACAGAUUACAUAGCAUUUGUGGAAAAGUCAGUGUAUCACUUCGAACUAAAUUUUAACCUUGAAUUUACUGAAAUAUGUGUGAAUACAAUUCUGUACUGGGUUUUUGCAAGAAAAGGUAAUCCUGACUUUGUGGAAUUGCUUCUCAAGAAGACAAAAAACUAUGCUCAAGACAGAAGCUGUAACCUGGCACUGAUAUGGAGAACUUUCACACCAGUGUACUGUCCAAGCCCAUUAAAUGGCAUCACACCUCUACUUUAUGUAGCUCAGACAAGACAGUCUAACAUCUUAAAAAUACUCCUACAAUAUGGAAUUUUAGAAAGAGAGAAAAAUCCAAUCAACAUUGUCUUAACAAUAUUGCUCUACCCUUCAAGAGUGAGAAUAAUGGUAGAUAACGAAAUGAUUGAUAUCCAGGAAGAUGCCAAAACAUGUUUAGUAUUAUGUUCCAGAGUGCUUUCUGUCAUUUCAAUAAAGGAAAUAGAGACACAGCUAAGUCUUGGAAGACGUCCAAUUAUUUCAAAUUGGUUGGAUUACAUUCCUUCAACACGAUAUAAAGAUCCAUGUGAAUUAUCCCAUAUUUGCAGAACAACCAUCAGGAAUCAACUAUUAAUCAACAAUAUGCUUCCAAAUGGAAUACUUUCACUUCAAAUUCCUGUUUCUCUACAGAACUACCUCAAUUUAGAAAGCUAAUGCAUGAGUUUAUCCUAGGUUAUUCAAGGAUGCUUACCAUUUUGUGGCUUUGAAGUUAAUAAAC